AUGUUUGCUGAGAAAAUUUCACACGGUGACGAUGACUAUGAUUAUCUAAUUAAAUUACUUGCCUUGGGUGAUAGUAACGUCGGUAAGACAAGUCUAUUGCACCAGUACACCGAUGGUGUCUUUAAUGUCGACAUGAAUGCCACUGUGGGGGUCGAUUUUCGUCAGAAACGCGUUAUUCGAGAAAACAAACAAGAUACAAGUGGACUAUUGGGACAAAAGCAGCGUCUCUAUUUGCAACUGUGGGACACUGCUGGCCAGGAAAGAUUUCGAAGCCUCUGCACGGUAUUUUUGCGUGACGCGAUGGGCUUUUUACUCGUUUUUGACCUAACGAAUGAAAAAAGCCUCCUAAGUUGCAGAGAGUGGAUGAAUUUGCUUUGCCAACAUGCCUACUGCGAGCGGCCUGAUGUGAUUCUUGUGGGUAACAAGGCUGACAAAACCGAGGAACGAGUCAUCUCAACAUCAGACGCACAGAGGCUUGCGCAAGAACUUCAAGUCCCCUACAUAGAAACAAGCGCCCUCAGUGGAAAGAACGUCUCUGCUGCUGUGGAUAUGCUGCUGGACCUCGUGAUGAAGCGAAUCGAGGAGUCCGUAACUAAAGCCCGCAUCCACAAGAUGGCCAAGGACGCCAACGGAGGGAUCCAUUUGGAGAGCUCAAAGCCCGCGUCGAGUUCGUGUGCCUGUUGA